UGGACUAUGUAUCCUUGAUGCUCAACCUGUUGUGAACUUCAAGGAGCUGAAGUCUGUCGCCCGUCUCUGAGCUCCCUCUGUCUGGCUCACAGAGCUCAUCCAUAACAAAAUGUCUGACACAGAAGAAGUCCUGGAGGAGGAAGUUCAGGAGGAAGAAGGUAAGAAAGCAGCAUGUGUUUAUAUACUGAAUUUCAUUUAAUUCCCAAACAUUUUACUAAUCAUUUAUGUUCCCGACCAUCAGCGCAAGAUGGGUCAAAGCCCAAGCCUAAGUUUAUGACAAAUAUUACCGCCCCAAAGAUCCCUGAUGGUGACAAAGUGGAUUUCGAUGACAUCCACAGGAAGCGUCAGGAGAAGGAUCUGUCUGAGCUGCAGUCUCUGAUCGAGGCUCACUUCAUCCAGAGGAAGAAGGAGGAAGAGGAGCUCAUCGCCCUUGUUAACAGAAUUGAGAAACGUCGUGCUGAGAGAGCAGAGCAGCAAAGGGUCCGGACAGAGAGAGAGAAGGAGAGGCAGGCCAGACUCGCGGAGGAAAAGGAGCGGAAGGAGAUGGAGGAGCAGCGUAAGAAGUAUGAUGAUGAUGCCAAGAAGAAGAAGGCCCUCUCAAACAUGACCCAGCAGUACAGUGCUGGACAAAAGGGUGAGAGCAGAAAAGGAGGCAAGAAACAAACUGAGAGGGAAAAGAAGAAGAAGAUCCUGGCUGACCGCAGGAAGCCUCUCAGUGUUGAUCACCUGAAUGAGGAUAAACUGAAGGAGAAGGCCAGCGAGCUGUGGCAGUGGCUGAUGGGACUGGAGGCUGAGAAGUUUGAUCUGAGUGAGAAACUGAAAAGACAGAAGUAUGAUAUUAACCAGCUUCUUGCCCGAGUCCAGGACCACCAGAGCGCCAAAGGUCGCGGCAAGGGCAAGAUGGGUGGCCGGCUGAGGUAAAGGAGCAGCCAGACGGCGCUGAGGCAGACCGCCACACCAGUGAUUGGCCUAUGUGUCUAUUGUGUGUGCAUUCAUUCUUCUGUUGUGUUGGGUUACAUGUCAAUUAUCAUGACAUCAAAACAAUAAAUAGGUCAUUACAUCCA